AACCUGACGUAGCACAAGCGUGUUCUAAACUGCGACGCUUCACAGUCAGCCAGACUCCCCCACGACCUGGACACUAUGAGCACCUAAAUAGAGAUGCCAAGGAAAUAGGCGUUCCUGGAAGAGCUUAACACAACGCCAAGUGCGCCUGCGAGCUGCUGCAAAGGCCUUGCGCCGUGGCCUCGCGCACCCCUCUCACCAGGAGGUGGAACUUUUGCUUCAGCGUUAUGGAGAGCUAGCACGAGUUAUAUAGACCGCCACGAUGGCGAGCUUGGAGGCGCUUGGGGACGGGCCUGCUCUUGCGGGCUUGCCGCUUGCGGCGCAAACGGCGUUGCAAGGUGCUGUCUGCUCUGGGCGCAAGAAUCCUUCAAAGACCUGGCACCGCACCAGCACAAAUUCCACGCUAUUUACCGUGGAUAGUGCUGCCACUGCGUCUGCGCUCCCGGACACCCGGGCCGUCUCGAAUUCCUGUGCGCAUUCGGAUGUGCUGCUUCGCGCGUUCUCGUGUUCACCGAGUUGCAACCGUAUUCUUGCUUACGAGCGCGUGGUUGCCGCGCAUCGGCAGCCGUCGCAGCUGUCAGGCGCAACUGCACGGCCACUUCGCAGCGCGGGGUGCCCGCUCGACGCCUCCAGCAUACCGGCCGCAACCGCAGCAGCUUCCUCGCCCGCAGCAUCCUCGCCCGUGGCAAUGAAACGCAUUCAUAACCAGCUGCAACAGCACCAUGGAUCACACCGGCACCAGCAUUCGCACCAUCACUUGAGGAGCACGGCAGUAGCGGUGGCGGAAGCCACAGCGCGCGACUGCGCCGUCGGCGCCGGCGGCACCUCGCCGCGGCACGCCGCCAGCUGCGGCCCAAACGCCGCGGCCUCAGCCGCAGCCGCCGCAGUCGCCGUCGAGGGCGGGCAGCGGGCGGCCUGCAGCAGCAGCAGCGGCGGCGGCGGCGGCGGCAGGACUGGCGUUCGCGCCGGCGGUGACGGGGCCUGUACCUGCAGUUGCGACUGCUACGGCAGCAACGGCAGCGGUGACUGUCAAGGCUGCGGCGCCAGUGGCGGCACCGGCGGCGCCAGUGGCGGCAGUGGCGGCGGCGCGGCCCUGCAGCAGCUGCUGGGGCUGGGCCUGGGGCCGCAGCAGCUGCAGCAGACGUUGGAGCUGCUGCGGCGCAGCACAGACCAAGGCCACGCCCACGCCCACGAGACGGCCACAACAGCCAUAUGGGAGCGCGGCAGUAGCGGAUCCGCGGGCGGCGGCGGCGGCGGCGGGCCGCUUGCCUCGGGGUCGGGGUCGGUUUCGGGGCGAAUGGCAGGCGUGCAGGCCUCGGCGGCGCGGCAGGGGCAAGGGCAGGGGCAGGGCCAGGCACACCGGCUGGGGACGCACGACGCCCGUGCGUUGGUGUCAGCCUGCUACGUCCCCGUACACGACGGCAGUGCCGGCAGCAGCAGAGGCGGCGGCGGCAGCGGCGGCAGGGCGGGGCCGCGGCCCGGCUUUGGCGUUGGCCUUAGGCCGAGCAGCGGCAGCGGCAGCGGCAGUGGCAGCGGCGGCGGCGGCGGUGGCGGCGCCGGCGGCGGUCAGGGGGUUAGCGGCGGUGGCGUAGGUGAGGCGGGUGUGCGCAUGAGGAGCGGCCUGAGCGCGCGCAGCCUGGGGCCGCCGGGGGCGGGGGGCAGCGUGACGCGCCUCCCCUCGGACAGCUCCUGCGGCACCGCCGCCACUACCGCCACGGGCGUCACGGGCGUCACAGGCGCCACCGCCCCCAGCUCGGGCGCCGGGGCGGCGGUGCUACUGCCGCUGCCCGCGGCCGCCGGCUGUAGCAGCACCACCAGCAGCCUGGCCGGCUACAGCCCCGCCGGCACGCCCAGCGGCGGGGGCCUGCUGGGCGCGGCUGUAGCAGAGGCGGCGGCGGCGCUGACGGCCGCGCCCAGGCUCGCCGGCAGCAGCAGCACCAGCAGCAGCUUGCAGCGGGCGGCGACAUCCGGGCUGUCGCAGGGGCGGCUUGCGCCUCCGCCCUCCCACAUCCCAGUCUCUGGCGGCGCCGCCGCUGUGCGGGCCGCCCCGCCGCGGCCCCACCCCAGCGGGCGGCCCCUCGUGCCCGCAGCCUCCUCCACCCAUGCGGCGCACAGCGCAGGUGCCGCACAGGUGCCCGGGGCGCCGCCUCAGGCGCUGCCGGCGCACCUGGCCUCAGCCAGCCUCAGCAACAGCAGCACGGGCACCACAGCCACGCUCGCCACGCUCGCCAGCAGCAACAGCGCCGGCAACAACCUCGUCACACUGCAGCCGUCGUCGUCGGGGCGCAGCAGCGCCGCCGCCGCGGCAGCGGCGGCCGCCGCCGCCGCCGCUGCCGCCGCCGCCGCCGGCAGCUCUCCCUUCUCGGCCUCCCCGGCGGGCGGCGACGCGCCGGCGGCGCUGCGGCUCAUCUCCUGCACGCUGCGCGCGUCCGACGUGCCCCGCGCCCCGGGUUCGAAUCGCACCGGGCGCGUUGUGACUCCCGAGGAGCUGGGCCGGCGCCUCAUGGCCGAGGCCAGCGGCGGCUCCACCACGCGCGUGCUGCUGGCCAGGGCCGCCGCCGGGGCGGCGGAGCUGCCGCCGCCGGCGCCCAAGGUGCGCCCCGGCACCUUCCCGCCCAUUGCCGAGCACGCGGCGUGCGGCGGCGGCGAGGGCGGCGCGGGGGGCGGGGGCGGGGGCGGGGGCGGGGGCGGGGGCGGGGGCGGGGGCGGGGGCGGGGGCGGGGGCGCGGCGGCAGCGGGAGUGGUUGAGGGGGGCGAGGGGGAGGGCUGGGCGGGCAAACGGUCGCCGCCGGCGUGUGGGUGCACGAUCAUGUGAAGGCACGUGGUGUGUCGUGUGUGUGUGUGACGCGCCGCGUGGGGACCCAUGGAUCUUUGGCCGUGGCAGGGGAUGGUGGGACGUGCAAAAGCGUUCUAGGCGUAAGCGCGGGCCGAGUGCACACGUAAGCGGAUUGCGUCAUUGAUGAGUGAUCGGUGCCGCAUGAAAAUGCAUCGGGCGGGCGUGCAGGAGAAGGCUCAAGGCAGUCACAUUCAUGCUAGGAGAAGCAAAGCGCCCCGUUGCGUUGUGCCGUACGUUUGUGUGAACGUGUGCGGAGCGCGGGUGAUGCUGAGGCGUACGACGAGGCAGUGGUGCAGGUGUGAGCAUUCAAAACACACACACACAACGUAACCCACGGACUACAAGUCAAGAGGGCGACACGUGACCCCCUCCUUGUUGCUGCCGUAUUGUUCUUACUCUGGGGCAGGAUCGUACUGCCACAUGCAUGUGCUGAGAGGCUGCGUCCUCGGGGGCACACAUCGCUAUUCAUAAUGGAAGGCGGCGGCCCGUGUGUGUCUGCGGCCGCCUGCCACGCCUGUGGUUGUCCAGGGCGGGGGCAAAAGGGGGAAGGGGGAGGGGGGCAGGCGACAGGUAGCUCGUGAGAGGAGGGCGGCGCAUUGAGUGUUGCGCGCGUGUGGGGCUCGUGAGAUGGGAGUCGCGGGCAGGAGGGGCACUGGGCUAGGCUGUGGCCCCUGGGUCGCCGUGGCUGCAGGCGCUGUGUGUGUGGGGUUCGUGUGGGGGUGCCAGCCCUGGCGGCAGCAGGCGGCAGUAGGCGGCAGUAGACGCAGCCCGCCUGGCCGGUCCCCUGAGGCCGGCCCCCCGAGGUCUCACGGGGCGCAGACGUGCUUGCACGCACCGUGCCAAGGUGUGGCAGUGGGGCGGCCACCGGGCCGCUGUGACACGGACCGCGGCGGCCCACCGGGCCAGGCUGGUAGCAUGACGCGAGCAACACUGUUGGGCGUGGCUGUGAACGAAGGCGCUCUGCAGCGCUGCGUGUUAAGGUGCAUGGCAGGGGCAAACAGCUUUUAGCUAGCAUCAGGCUAUGAGCUAAUUCUUGCGUUUUGAGCUCUUGCUGGCUCUCCGGCCGGGCUUCGUUGUGUUUUGAGCGACGCGUUGUGGAGCAUUCCCACCGCGCGCACGGAGCGGUCUGCGAGCAGGCUGUAUGUCAGCUACCACUUGUUGUUGUUUGUGUCUUCACCCUGAUAUGAUUCCGACUUGCCCUGGUGUUUUGUGUGUCAGGAGGUUGGCCACGCCGUUAGCGAUGGCUUGCUGCUGUCAUGCUGCUGCUGCAGCUUUGGAGCUCGGACACAGCGGGGAGGGGCAGGUUGCUUGCUUGUUCUGGUGUGUGUGUGCGUGCGGCGCGGCACUGGAAAGGCACUGGAAAGGCACUGGAAAGGCGCGAGUGCUGCAGCCGUAGCCGGGUGGCGAGAGGUGGUGUGAGUGCGGGAGCUGGAGGCGGGGUAGGCGGGUAGAUAUUUAUGCAGUCGAGGGGUUGGGGAGGCGGGUGGAGUGACAGUAGUAGGACACGCCUCCCCAGCCCCAAUAAAGCAGGAGGCGCCCAGUGUGCGUGUGUGUGUGUGUGUGUGUGCGGGGCGAGACGGGAAGAAGGUGUGGGAAUGGAGCAGCCAUGAGCAGAUAUACUGAUCCGGUAAUCACGGCGCGACGUUUGCGGGUUUCGGUGCCGCAUGACGCAACACGUAGAUGUUGCGGGCGACAGGGCGGACGGGCGAUAUCCUCAGUCUC